AUGUGGAAGAAGGUGUUCUGGUCAAGCCCAUUACUUCGCAUAGUGAUAGUAGGGAAAACUGGAGUUGGGAAAAGUGCUCUUGGGAACACCAUCCUUGGAAGAAAUGCAUUUGAAUCAUCAAACACAGCGAAUUCGGUUACCAGCACUUGUCAAAUAGAAAAAGUCCAUGGCACAAGGGACAUUUACAUCAUUGACACUCCUGGUUUCUUGGACACCAGCAAAACAAUAGAGAGCAUCAAAAAAGAAUUAGUGAAAUGUAUCCAGGUUUCAGCCCCUGGACCUCACGUCUUCCUGCUGGUGCUGCGGAUUGGCCGUUUCACCCCUGAAGAGCACAAUGCUGUGAGGGGUCUGCAGGAGAUCUUUGGAGAUGAAGCUUCUAAGUACAUGAUUGUGGUGUUCACACAUGGGGAUGCAUUGCGAGAGACGUCCAUAGAAGAGUAUGUACGCACUGGACAUUCUAAACUUCAUAAAGUGAUUGAGUCUUGUGGGGGAAGAUACGUCGUCAUCAACAACAACAAGAAAGACCGAAAUCAAGUCAGGAACCUCAUUGUUAAGAUUGAUGAAAUGGUCUCAGCGAAUGGAGGAAGUUACUUCAGCCAGGAAACGUAUGAAGAAGCAGAACAAAGAAUGACAAGGAAGUGUCAGAGAAUUAUUGCCUUUCAACAAUUACUUUUAAACGAACUAGAGCUACCUCAGGAUGUGCCUUAUCAAACUCAGAAUGAGCUCAGUAAACCUCAGGAAGAGCUUGAUCAAAAUCAGGAUGACCUAGAUCCAACUCAGUAAAGGCUGUCAAUAAAGCAAAGAAGCAACAUAUUCAUUUAUUUACAGCUUCCUA